CACAGUCAACUAACUUUCGUCAAAAUUGCGUGGUUGAUGUAAUAAUUGCACAGUGAUUUUAAGCGGCAUGUCCAUGCAUGAUGCAUAGUACUCGUGUAGUUGUCUGUAUUGCAUCGGAACAUGCGAUCAACCGUGUUAUUAAAAACUGCAUAACUUCAUUGAAUAGAGGUACUUAACCACUUUGGAUGUGAAACGAACAUUUGCGCAAAUGAUACACAAAUACCUCAAACGAUCUUAUUCGGAUUCUAAAGCAAGUAUUUUGUGAAGAUCAACAAUGGCUGGUUCUACACUACCGGAAAGAGUAGCUCAGUUGUACUACACAUAUGGUUUAUUCUGCUCAUCAUAUCCAGUCAUUCCAAUUGCUGUGGCGUUAUCAGUGGUAUUGUUGUGUUGUUACCCGCUACUAAAUGUUCCAUUGCCAGGCAACAUUCCGACAGUAGUCAAUGUUCCUUGGCAUAUCAAUGAGGCUCAUAUUCCAAUACAAGGGGAUUGCAGCCCUAAUAAUUGUCUACAAGAUGUUUCUCUACCAUUAGAUAUUCUUCUGAAUGAAACUCAUCGGCUACCACAUAUUUGGGCUAAAGAUAAGCCUUUGCUCUAUGCCCAACAAAUAAUUAUAAAAAUAGGUGUGUCUCCAUGGAAUAGUAAUCUAAAAAUGUGGGAUGCGUUCAGAGCACCAUUACAGGAGGUGUUCCGACUACUUGAGACAAUAAGAAAUCAUGAAUAUGCAAAAACCAAAAGCACAUUACUGCAGCACUGCUAUCAGAUCGAAGGCAUCAAGAGACGCGACAGCAAAGUGAGCGUCGAGAGGGUGCUACCUGAAUACAGCUGUCUACUUCUUUCUCCCGCGAAUCUGUGGCAGCAGAGCCUGCAAACUUUCUCUCUGGAUGCUAAUAUUGUCAACACCAUUUAUAAUUAUCAGAAUCUACAAAAAGGCAAGGCGUCAGUCGCGGAGAUGGCGUUCGGGCUCCACCUGCGCGACACCGGCGUCAAGCGGUACCCUCUCCGAGCUCGGCCCCGCGUCCUCCAGUAUGCCGUCACCAUGUUCUACCAAUACCCUGACACCAGAUUCCUGCAAUCCCUGUCCAAAAAGCUGAUGGAAAUGUAUCCUCUCCAUCAGGAAUCAUACAAACGUAUCGACGAAGCUAUUCUCAUUUAUUACCCGGGACAGUUCAACUACCAUGAGCUAGUCCCUCUCACCAUCACGUUCAUGGGUCUAUUCCUGUAUGUUUACUUCUCCGUGAGGAAGAUCGAAUACAUAAAAUCCAAGUUUUGGUUGGCUGCGUGCGCAGUGAUGUCGAUAGCCUCUAGCUUGCUGAUGUCCACCGGGAUCUGCUUCUACUUCGGCAUCACACUAAGCCUACAGGGCAAAGAAAUUGUUCCUUAUCUUGUUAUCAUUGUUGGACUCGAAAACGUUCUCGUCCUUACUAAGAGCGUCACUUCCACCGAUUCCCGUCUCGAUGUUAAAAUAAGACUCGCCCAGGGCCUAAGCAAAGAAGGAUGGUCUAUCACAAAAAAUUUACUAACAGAAAUAACAAUAUUCACUCUCGGUUUUUUUACCUUCGUACCAUUCAUUCAAGAAUUCUCCAUAUUUAUGAUUCUGAGCCUCAUGGCAGAUUAUUUUAUACAGAUGGUAUUUUUCGCAACAAUAUUAGGCAUUGAUGUGCAAAAGAUGGAAUAUUUUCAAGAUCACAACAAUAAGUUGCACUUAAAGGAAUAUUUUCAUGCGAACAAUGCAUUGAAUUGGCGUUACAAUAAAAGUUACGUAGAGGAGAAUCUUUCGCCGCAGAGGAUGACGAAGUCGAAAUCUCACCCGCGAUUGAAUGGUCUGGCUCAGAGCAGUCCUACCAAUGUGGUGGCGAAAAGGAAUUCGAACGGGGGCAGCCAGGACAACAGGGUGCCCAAAAGAAUUCGUUUAGUGAACAUGUGGGCGCGGACGCGGUUCUUUCAGCGAGCUUUUAUGUUGUGGAUGCUGGUAUGGAUAUCGAUGAUCGUGUACAACUCUGGGGUCGUCGACUACUUCAUAACAAACCCAGAUAUGGACGGCCCAGUGGAAGUGAAUAAGAAGAAUCAUCAAAAGGAGUCUAAGCACUCGAUGUACACGCUGUACAACAAUCCCAAAAACGCCAUAGUGUUCUCUCCGCUCGUGGACUUGGCCAACUCGGAGAAGUCGGUGGCGGAUACCAACGACACGCUGUUGCUCAAGCAUUCGCCGCAUUCACGACCAUGGACCAGGUUAUCCCCCUACCACUGGUCGGCGAUCUUGUCACAAUACAACGAGACAGUGGGGGGGAGGUACGUAAUGGUACUGCCGCCGGUUCUGCUGAGCCACCGCGUCAGCCCAGAAAUGGCGGCCACUGUGCGGAACCCCGACGAGAGGGACCCGCCGCCUCUGCGAUGGCAAGCGCUCGCCGCCGCCCUCGACCCUAUUGACAUCCUACCUGAUUUCGAACUGAUAGAAAGCAAGAGUCCCCAGCAGAACUGGGGUGCGACCACGCCGCUGCCGCUGUACCCCACCACUCCCAUGGAGAUACUGCUGCUCGCCAUCCUGUGUACUAUCAGCGUGGCGGUCAUCGCGUACAUGAUGCUCGUGCUGUACAGAUGUGUGUGUUCCCGGCAUUACGCAGAGUGGCGCGCGUCCUGGAGUGACGAGUCCUUGUACAGGAAGAUCAUUGAGAAGCAGCCUGCAGUCCAGUUGGUGAUGGAAGCGGUGCCACUGGUGGUGGCCGGCCACAGCCAGGAGGUGGAGUGUUUGGUGACGGACGGCGAGAUGGUGGUCAGCUCGUGUCUGCAAGGCAACAUCAAGGUGUGGGACUCUCACAACGGGGAUUUAGUUGCGACUAUCGACCGCGGCGCAUUUUUCAAAUUGCAAAGAGAAUUUCGUGAGGCAGGAGUCAAGAAAAAUGUUAAUAAUACUACAGAUGAAAACCAGUUUUCACCAAAAUUAGAAGCUACUCCAAAAAUUGAGCCGAUUCCCAGACUGCGCAAGGGACUGAGCAACCACCUCAGUGGGUUGAGAUUCCGCACGUCCGCGAAAGAAUCGCCCACUCAUCUGCCGACUGCAGAGACUACUAAGUAUAACUUCGCCAAAAAUUAUAGAGACUUAUACUGCAGUGAACAAAAUGAAGAUCUCCAAAACUACUGUGAAACUAAAGAAAACGAUAUAAACAAUUUAAAUAUAAGUAAUAACGAAACGAGUGUGACUAGUGAUAAAGACAAUGACGAUAGUAUAUUAUUUAUGUUUAAUUCUAGUGAUAGUAGUGUAAAUAGGAGUAAAGUGGAUAAACAAAUUAAGUUGAGGACAGAAGUGAGUGAAUCAGCGAGUUGGAAGGACAGAGCGGUGAAGGAUUCGCCGGUUUGGUGCAUGGACUUUUGUAACGAUCUUAUUAUAUUAGGUUGUGGGGAUGGCCGUUUGGAAUUUUGGGAGGCUAGCAGCAAGAAAUUAUUGUGUGUGUGGUGGGGCCCGGAGUCGCGGUCGGGGGAGCGGGACGCGGCGGGGGUGACGCACGUGCGCGCGCACACGGGCGCGCGCCGCGUGUGCGUCGCGACGCUCGCCGGCUACCUCGCGCUCUUGAAACUCAACGCGUAUAACGCUGCGUCGGGCGCGCAGGUCGAUUGGCAGUUUAGCACUGCGCAUAGAAGAACACACAAACGUACCGGGUCGACGGGGUCGAUGCACUAUGUCAACGGCUUUGACGAUGAACCGCGCUCACGCAUGAGUUUUUCUUAUGAAGCUGAACUGAGUGACGGCGAAGAAAUCAUCUGCCAGCGGAUAGCGCAAUGCAGGCCGCACCAGCAGCCAAUCACAGAGAUGCAGACAGAGGGCGCGCGCGUCGUCACCGGCGGCCAGGACCACGUCCUCAAGGUGUUCUCGAGCGCAGACUUGAGCCCCCUGUUCACACUGCACGGGCACUGCGGUCCGAUCACCAGCUGCUUCAUCGACCACGCGACGCCCACCAUCGCCGGCAGCGGCUCACAGGACGGCCUACUUUGUGUCUGGGAUCUACACACAGGUGCUUGCCUGUACAGCACGCAGGCGCACGACGGCGCCGUGACGUCACUGGCGUAUACGGCCUCGUACGUGGUGUCGGCGGGCGCGGACGAGCGACUCUGCAUCUGGGACCGCUUUCAGGGACACAUGCUCAACUCCAUACACAUCGGUCUAAACUAUAUGAGCCGCAUGCUGCCUCUGACACACACCCUGCUUGUGAUGGGUGACCGCAGCGGGCUCGUCGCCUACGACCUCAGCAGCGGAGACGUCAUUCGGAGGGUGUUGCUAGGUCAAAGUGACGGCUGCAUCUUUGUUAGGCAGAUACUACCGUUGAAAGACGCCAUAGUGUGCGAUUACGCGAAUCAGCUACGAAUCGUUCGGUUUCCGCUUGUGUCGAGACAGGCCGACAUGAAGAAUGAAUAACUCGACGCACAUCGAAUUACCUUAGUGUCUUAAUCACAUCAGCCAUGAUAUAAAACAAUGGUUUCAUUAAUUAUCCCUCUGUUAUGGGGUAGUUUAAAUGUCUCUGUGUUUACGCUAGCAUUCAAAGAUACAUAUGAAAAAAUGUUUCCACUAUGGGUCAUUUUAUUAUUUCUUCUUGUAGGUUUGACUUCCAUUGUUCUCCAAAACGUUGAUUAUAACAAUGUUAAAAUUCGAAUCGAUAUUCUAUAAAUCGACAAAAGCAAACUCUGUUGUUCAUAAUGACUUGUAACCAAUGUUAUAACGGUUACAUUUACUAGAAUGCAUCGCGUUCACGCGUUUGAAAGUUCUUGACCUCAAUUUAAAAAUUUAUUCUGUAAGACUAAUCGUGUUUAUGUUAAUCACUACAGAUUGCAAUAUAUUGCACAAAUAAUACAAUUAUAAUUGACGAUAAUAGGGGUCUUAAACUUUGACUAGGUAGGUUACUAAAUUAUUCUUCACAUUUGGGACCACACUGUAAAUUAUGAAAAUUCAACUCGAUCUGAUUGUAAAUAUACAUAUCUAAUAGUAUUUAUUUUGAAAUUAUCCAAAAUUUUGUAAAAUACAAUCACGCGGUUUGAUUAAAAUUAAACGCACGAUUUUUGUAAUUAAUAGUUCUGUAACUGUUCUAGUCCGAGCCAUCGUGACAAUAACAAGCUUUCAUAACAGGUUACGUUCAUAACAGGGUUGAAUGAACGUUUUUAUUUUAUAUUCAUGCUAAAAUAUCAGUCACUAGGUGCUACUUUAAUGUACGACUCAAUGAACGAAUGAAAGUUCGUUUGCUUUUGAAAAGAGUGCACAUAGGAGCGCGUGCCCAUUGCUCAGUCGUACUCCGUUUUUGAAAUAGCCGUUGAAGGACGACGCAGAAAUUAUAAGGAGCAGAGCGCGUGCGGUACCCUUCUAAUUCUAUGGUAUGGAGAUUCGAUGUACGUCAAUCAACGUCAGUAUCAAAACGUGUGGAAAACAACGGAGCGGCAUGACGCACCAUAUCAGUGGUCCUGGUUCUUAUUGCUUUACAAAAUACAAAUGGCCGGUUCACUCAUUGUAUGCAAAUAAAAUAUUAUCACAAAUUUGAAAUUACAGAUCAGUAAUGGUUAUUUAUAAGUGUUAUAAGUAUUAAUAUCGUCUGCUUAGAUGUUUAACCAUAACAUAUUAAGAUCGAGAAGCAUGUAAAUAACCUAUAUAUUGUGGGUUCCAUUGAUUCAUAUAGUCUGAAGCAAAAUGAGUGCUUCGCAAAUGUCCUCCUAGAAAAACUGCAUUUCUCAAAAAAACGAAUUUCGCAAAAUGUGAACAUUUUUUUAACAUACUAUAAUUUAAAUGGAGCAUUAUUUUUUAUUAUCGAAUACCAACGAUUAGAUACAGUGUACGCGUCUGUGGCCCGUCGCGUCGCCGAGGUCUCUUAUCUUUGUAAACAUAAUAGGUCAUUUGUCUUUCUGUAUAUUUGCAACUCGUUUAAAUUCAGUGUAAACUUUACGUAUUUAAAUUCAGUGUAGGACAUAGUGAAAUUGUGCUUAAAUUUACUUGGGCUGUGUAUUGCAUGUAUUCAUAACAAUUUCCUUUUUAUCGCCGCCUAUUUUUCCCAUCAUUAAAUUAGUUUUUUUUUAAUGACGUUUAUAAUAUCGAACCGUCAGUUCGCUUAUUGAAAUUUAGAUUAAAUUUAUUUUUAUUCGUUCAUAAUUUUGUACUACAAUAUUUUUAUUUCCGCGGUCCUGAUAUUAACAUAUUAUCGUGCCUGUUUUAGGGAUAACAUAUACUUUGAAUUGUGUACCUACAAUAAAAAGAUGUCUCACGACAACAGCCUUAGUCUUACUUUGCAAUAUUUUCUAAUGUUGAUUGUUAUUGUCCGCUCAAGACCUGGAUGUAGUUCAUAUCGCAUCUUAAUAGUAGUUCCUAUGUACACACAGUAAGUACUACUCUUGACUCGCGAUAAUAACGUUAACUUGCUUUCUUAAAUGAGAUCAAAGCCAAAAUGCCUAUGAAAUUGCACUACAAAACUUUUGUUACGAUACUAGUGACAUCAGAAUUAAGAAGGAAUUUGACGUUCACAUGUCAUUUUUUGACGAAUUUAAUACCACGUAAUAAUUCGAGCCCAGAGCCAUCAAUGUUUGGGAGCCGCAUCAUCAUAAUUAACCUAGGCCGACCAAAGGUAGUACUGAAAUGUAAUUUCCAACAUUCUUGCAAAACUAGUAUCGUGAUGAAAAUUAGGCCUAAUAUAAUUUACAUUUCAACAUCAACUUAUAAAUAUAACAAAUAUUUGUCCGCUUUUAUUAAAACGUACAAUUAUAUAUUUCAUCAAUAUAUUUUAUUGUUGUUUCAUGUAGUUCACCAAUAGUUUCUUUCGUUAAUCUAGGUUUAUGUGUAUAGGUAUUUAACUUCCCACAUUUAAUUAACAUUUAUUACAACUUUUUAACAACAUGAACUUUAAAGAUAAAAUUUUGGUUUAGCAAUUUAUAGUGUCCGACUGCAACUAUGGCAAACUAUGGAAACAUUACGGCUAGUACUAGUAAUAUUUUUUACCAAAGAAAAACUAUAUAAAGUUGUAUACAUGGGUUUUCUUUACUAAAAAAAUACUCUACCUGCUCGGAAAGAAUCAUAUACCAUGUUUAACGUAGAUGUGGAUUUUAUACGUAAGAGAAAUCGAACAAAAAUGCGGACGGAAAACGUUUAUAAUGAUCUAUUAUUAUUACAAUCCGGUGGAAGUAAAUGGGAACCUUGCUGGAUAAAAACGUCAUUUAAACAGAUCCACACAUCAUUCCGUCGUGUUAUAUCAUUUUUAUUAUUAUAAUAAGUACAUAUUCUCUUUUCAAAAGAAGUAAUUACAAUGCAGACUGGCAGAAUACAUAAUUCUAUAUUUAAAAGUUUGACAAAAUCUAGAUCUGAAGCUUAAUAUUCAGUCGGACUCUGUAAUCAGAUGGGGGCCAAAGAAUUUGAUAUAUGGUAUAUAUAUAUAUACCCGAAUUCUAUAUCUCAUAUAAUAUCAAACUUCAUAUAAUAUCUGAUCGAGUGCGUGUUGGACCACGCGUAAUUUGUUUAUUUUAAUUACCCCAAAAAUUAUCAAUUUUAAUUUGUGCAAAAUAAUAAUUUAAAUAGCUAUUCAUGUUGUAUUUUGAGGUUUAUUUCAAUCAGUCGUUGUAUGUAUUUUUCGUUUUAAAAUACUUUAUUUGAUGUUUAGGAGCUUUUAUUCAAUUGUGAAUAUUUUGAAUUUUGAAAAUUUAACUACUAGCUCUAUAAGUAUCAUCUCAACAAAUCCAAUUCUUCUUCCGCGAUCGAAUCAAAAUAUGUAAAAUGAUUGUAUUUUAAUAAAUGUUUUGUUUAUAAAAUUAA